CUGACCUCUUGUUCUAACAUGUUGUGUUGAGGUUUCGAAUUUUAUUAAUGACAAAAAGUGGGUGAAUCUGUUAAUUAACAAAAAGACACCUACAUUGAUAUAUAGAAGUGAUAACAACAAAAUUCAGAAUCUGUUGACCACAAGGAGCCAGAGCCGGAUAAGAAUAUCAUCAUUAAGCAAUCACAAAAGGAUCUUGCUUGUUCACACCAUCUUUCUCAGAAACACUCACUGAGUUAUGGAGUUAGAUAUAUACUUGAAGGUGACAGGAAGCUUGUUUUUGGCAUAUGUGGUGGUGAUAGCAUGGAGAUUACUUAACUGGGUUUGGAUCAAGCCCAAAAGGCUGGAAAAAAUACUGAGAAAUCAGGGCUUCAAAGGUAGCUCUUACAAGCUUUUGUAUGGAGACAUGAAAGAACUUGCUGCUGCUAAGAAGCUAGCAAGAUCCAAGCCCAUCAGUCUUUCUGAUGAUUUUCUGCCCCUUGCAGCCCCAACUGUGCAUAUGGCUAUGAGUAAACAUGGAAAGAAGUCAUUUUUAUGGCUGGGACCAAAACCAUUAGUCUACAUCACGGACCCUGAUCUUAUAAAAGAGGUUUUGAAUAAAUUUAAUAACUUCAAGAAGCCAAGGGGAGGCAACCCUUUAACAAAGUUAAUCGCAAGUGGACUUCUAAGUGCUGAGGGUGAUAAAUGGACCGAACACAGGAAAAUCAUGAAUCCUGCUUUCCGUCUGGAAAAGUUAAAGGAUAUGCUGCCAGCCAUGUAUUUGAGCUGCAGUGAUAUCAUGAGUAAAUGGAAGGUGAUGGUUUCUACAGAGGGGCAGUGCGAGUUGGAUGUAUGGCCUUAUUUAGAGACCCUAACGAGUGAUGUCAUAUCACGCACAGCCUUUGGAAGUAGCUACGCAGAAGGUAGAAAGAUAUUUCAACUACAGAAAGAACAAGCAGAGCUAGUGAUGCAAGCUGCACAAACAUUGUACCUCCCAGGAAUGAGAUAUUUGCCAACCAAAAGAAAUAGAAGGAUGAUGGAGAUAAGCAAUGAAGUGAGAGCUGCACUCACAACUAUUAUUAGCAAGCGUUUGAAGGCAAUGCAAGCAGGGGAGUGUUUUCAUGAUGACUUGUUAGGUAUAUUGUUGGAAUCAAACUCUGCAGAAAUUAAAGAAAACAAAAAUAUGAAAUAUGCAAUGACUGUUGAUGAUGUCAUCGAAGAGUGCAAGCUAUUCUAUUUUGCCGGACAAGAGACGACCUCAAAUCUUCUUGUUUGGACAAUGAUUUUAUUGAGUCAGCAUUCAUAUUGGCAAGAAAGGGCUAGAGAAGAGGUUUUGCAGGCUUUUGGAAGCAAUAAACCAGAUCUUGACGGGUUGAAUCACCUUAAAGUUGUCAAUAUGAUUUUGCUUGAGACUCUGAGAUUAUAUCCACCUGGAGUUGUACUCACUCGAGCUACAUUUGAAGAUAUUAAAUUAGGAGAAAUAUCCCUCCCAGCUGGAGUUUUAAUGCAUCUACCUAUCAUCCUAAUGCAUCAUGACAAAGAGAUUUGGGGUGAUGAUGCAAAGGAAUUCAACCCUGGGAGAUUUUCUGACGGUGUGUUAAAAGCAACAAAUGGAAAAACCGUAUAUUUCCCAUUCAGCUCAGGACCCCGAAUAUGCAUUGGACAAAAUUUUGCAAUGCUAGAAGCUAAAAUGGCCAUAGCAAUGAUCUUACAGAACUUCUCUUUUCUGCUAUCGCCAUCUUAUACACAUGCUCCCUACGCAGUCAUAACCCUUCAACCCCAACAUGGUGCAAACUUGAUUCUUAAAGCGCUAUAAAGGAACCUGCGUUUGAUGUCAGAUGGUCGGACACCUCAAGUUACUCAUUUGUAUCAAAAAUAAAAUUUAUAGCUUGAAGUUUCUUGUAUACAUUGUAUUUGAAUUGUUGGUUUAAAUAAGUUGUGGAGGCCUCUUUAUCUCCGAA